AUGAUCGAGAUUUACAUGAUUCGGUACGGAAUCCGAGGGUGCCGUGGAGCGAUUGCGAGUGAGUGCGACUCGUGGAAGGAAGCGGCGCUAGUGUCGCUGAAGGCGCUAGACGAGCGCUAUACAGUUUUUGUUGGUGCGCGGCCCGCGCCCUGCGCCUGCGCCGCCGCCGCCCGCACACGCGCUAAACACAAACAGCCGCUUAGCUUUAACGCGCGCGCCGCACCGCAUCGCCUACUCUUACGGAUAACGUUGCGUUUGUGCGUAGCUGCAAACGAAACUAGUGUCAGCGCCCGGCUAGCCUCGGACCUCACCCCGGACGCCGGGGCGACGUUACGAAGCACAUUUGGCCAAUUGUGGCGCGGCCAGACAUACUAG